GCAGCAUGCAGCUCGUCUAUCAUGGCGGAUUUCGGUUCUCCGGCCUUGGGUUCUCCGGGAACGCCAAGUCGUCAUGAAAAAUCGCUGGGUUUAUUGACAACGAAAUUCGUUAGUUUGUUGCAAGAAGCUAAGGAUGGUGUCUUGGAUCUUAAAGUUGUGAGUGCGAAAAGAAAUCCGGGUCUUUUAGCCCGCGAAAUAGGCGAUUUUAUGUUCGGUUGUCCUUCUUUGUGCUUCCCGAUGCAUUUUGCAUUCACUUUGUGAAGUGAUGUUUACCUUGUUGUCUUUCAGGCCGCCGAUACACUCGCUGUUCGUCAAAAGCGACGAAUUUAUGAUAUUACUAAUGUUCUCGAAGGAAUAGGGCUGAUAACCAAGAAAUCAAAGAAUAGCAUUCAGUGGAAGUAAGUAUCUCACGAACGGGAAAGUUCAUGUGACAAAAGGCAGUCGCGCGGGACAACAUGCGAAUUCCAUCGCAGUUCCCUAACAUUCUCGCGGGAUGUUUAUGGCAUUUUUAUUUUAGAUUCUUAAGCAUUGAAGACUUUUGUCCUCCAUCCUCUUUGAAAUCGCAAAAGUUAAGCCAGAAAACAAAAAAAACAGAACAUUUUGGUAGUUCUUUGCUGGGUUAUUGACGUUGGAACGCGUGGUGUCAGCGCGCAAACUCUAUUGUGAAGGUCGUUUACCGCCAUUUAUUUUGGCGCCCUUCACACUGUCACAUUCCCCGAAAAAUAGAAAGAAAAAAAGGGGCAAACUAUUUUCACUCAAAUUUCUACUGUUACAGUCUUGUUACUGUAGCUAGUUGCACAUUUCAUAACAAUCAUUUUCACGCAAUGCUAGCUUGCCUUCAACGUAAUCUAAGAGGAAAUUCAAGAGAAAGCAGCGAUACUUCCCUCGCUCGAUCGUCUAAACGUUUAUUAGUUGGGUAAUUGUUUCAGGAAGACUUAAAAACGAAUGAGAUGAAAUUCUAACAAGAACGUAGUUUUUUGAAAGAAUAUUUCAUCUAUGCCAAAAAUAAUGCAUUGUGCUUACGGGACUUUAAAGGGCAACAUAAUCUUAAAAUAAUUAAAUAUAUAGAAAGUUUAUUUGGAUUCCCGCCAAUCAAAACAAAUUAUAAUUUUAGCUCCUACAUGCAAAAUACAUUAGAAUAUGGAACUUUGCAUAUUAUGUUAUUCUCUUCUUAUUGUUUUUACUUACCAUUAUUUUUUAUAACUAUUAUUUAUAAUAAGUUUUUUUUGGGGGGGGGGCAGGGGUUGAUUAUUAACUUUGUGACUAAUGAAAGUAGUUUGUUUUGCAAGGGCAAGCUGUGAACAAACACACAUGCAAGAAAUGCACUUUUUUCUUUUGCUUUUUGUACCUACUGCUGUUUGCAUCUAAGGCCUGUUUCAAAUGUCGGGCUACAGUUGUGCCGAAGGGAAAAAGCCAAGAAGGGAAUUAAAUUCGAAUUAAAUUCAACUUUAGCACAGCAGUAGCGCGACUUUGAAACCAAGUCAUGCUACUGCCGUGUAGCACGGCUUGUGCCGAACUCAAUUCAUAAAUUAUAAACACAUUAGAAUACAUUUCAAAGUUUGCUAAACCGUUUCUAUAUUUUUGUGUUUUGUUUUCGGCAACAGCCAUUCUAUUCGACUGAAUUAAAUUCAACAUAUGAAAGUGUCAUGCUACAGUUGAGCCAGCUUAGAACAGCAGUAGCACGACAUUUGAAAAGGUCUAAGUGUGGACACAUGAUAGAAAAACAGGUUCUAAUUGGUGCAAAUAUAAUGACAUGUUUUUCUGAUGUGUGGCUCAUACAUACAUACAUAAAUACAUUUUUUUUAUUUGGAGUCAACUUUUUCCAAAUAACUAAAAUUACAAACAACAAAAAUUCCUAACCAUAUAUGGCUAAUUGCCAACGAGGCGGCAGCAGAAUAGAGCCGCGUAAGACUGGGCAAUAGGCAGAAAAAUUCUUGAUCAAGCUGAAAAAAGUGUAACCCAAUGUAAUGUAGAUUCCCCUGAGACUAAGUGGUCAGUUGUGAACCAAUCAAAAGGCAGUACCUGGCGCACGGGCUCAAGCUGAAUAACAAACAAAAUUUCACACACUUCCCGCCGUCGUGACUUCCUGUGUUUAUUUACCUAAAUUUUUUCGUCAAACCCAGCCACCGCAGUCAAGAGACAUGAGCACUUGAUAUAUUCUAUUAAUUUUAGGGGCCAUAAUGUUUAAGUUUUAACGAAGAGAAGUUUGUAAAACAGCAAAAGUGUUCUAUGUGCAGCAAGCAAUAUUCUCACCACUAAAAAGGAUCAGAUUACACGAGCAGAUAAGGAAAGCUUGACACGAAGAAUGCAGUCGCUUCUGUUGGAAAAUCUGGUGUUGGGGAAAAAAUCUAACCAGCAAACAAAAACAAUGAGAGCAAAAACGAAUUACAAGCCUAAAGCGAACGACAAAGGAAAAGCAAACAACGCCAUUAUUUUCGAAACAUGGCCGAGUUCAGUAUAAAAAUAAUGAACUAAAAUUAAAUACCGACGUGCCGUACAUCGCAUGUCCUUGAAAACAUUUCAGAUGGCCCAGCGAAUCAUUCUAAGCUUCAAUCCGAUAACAAAAAGCCUCGGGAAAUUUGAAAGGAGGUUUAAAUGAUUAAACUGUGCAAAUAUUUAUCAACAAUGUGAAACCGAACCGACAGUAGAUUUGUAGCUGGACUUAAUAAUAUUCCCGAUCGCUCCCUCUGCAAAGCUGACUUUAUUCUUUCAAGGCACUUCACACUUUUACAUAGCAGGUUUGUAAAGCCACUAGACUGAGUCUGAGAACUUUCAAGAAAAUAAUCCCUGCAACAGGAAGGGACCAUGAAAUGGUCAAAUGGGAAAAAAAGGAAUUUUAUUCCUAAGCAAAAUACGCAUGAUUUCCUCGUUGGCACUCUAUCGAUAGGUAUACCUAGUAAGUUAUCAAUUAAUUAAGUCCUAUAGUAUUUACUUUUUGCCAUCUUCCCCUUUUCUUUUUUUCAAAGCAUUCGAAUACAUGUUUUGCUAUUAGUUUUUGUAUUUUGACCUGUUACCAUCCCACCCUCCACUUCUCCUGGGACAAGUCCAGCCCUUCAGGCCCGGGGUUGGAGAAUGGUGUGAAGCGGUCCUCUGCUGGGGGUAGGAGGUGGGGCAAAUAAAAAACAUCUUCUCUUUGAUUGUGCAAAGUAUGUGUCAUUUCCUUCACCGUUUACAUAAUGGCUGUAGACCUCAUGACUAUGUAUUUUUAAGGAAAAACACCAGAAUUUUUCGGAGAGUCGUUGGACAGGAAUAACUUAUCAACAUUAAAGUCUGUAUUUAAGGGUUUGUUUAAAUAUUUUUUUGGAAAAGAAGGAGAGAAAUAUUUCUUCAGCCUAGCUUUAAUGAUAAGAAAACUUAUAUGAAAACAAAUACAAGGCUUUUGAUAUAUAUAAGUAAAGAGAGAUCUGGUCCAGUUUUCUUACGAAGUCUUCAGAGACUGCUGCUUUGGAAAAUUUUUUGGGAGCCCUUUGGGCUCCUAAAAAAAAAGUUAGGAGCCUAAGCCACAUUUCUAGGAGCUCAAUUAAAAAAGAUCAGUAACUUUAUUAACCCUUUGGCGAUGGCCGGCAAGUAGCAAAAAAACUGCAUUUUUCACUAAUUCCUCUUCUUUGGCCUGGUUUUUGGCUAAUUAGCAUAAAAAUAGCUAAAAAUGAGUUUGCAAAGAAAAAAGGCAUAUUUUUCGACUUAUCUGAUGUAAUUAAACAGCUUAUUUGUUUUUCACGCAUGCAUUAAAGCCAAAAUUUGUUCCUUUUUUUGCGAAUCUAUUUCAGUCUUUCUCUCUCGCUCUCUUUUUUCCCUUGCCUUUCUUGUUUAUCAGAAGUUUUGUUGCCCACUUUAUCAUCCUUCUUUUGCAUGGAAUUGUAGCUGGCUAACUUCUUAGGAAAGGGGCAAAUUUAAUCUUCAAAGAGUAGUAUGUAAACAGCGAAAUUGGUAGUGGGUUUUUCCCCAAGAUGUUACCUUUUUCGUGAGUGUAACUCUGACAGGAUUGGUCAGAAUAUCCAAAACAAGGUAUCGCUAGAAAGAUCUAUCUUUGAAGAAGUUGUUGUUUAUAAAUUUAUACCCACCGAGCAGAGGCCUUUCAAUCUUCCUAGAUAAGUCGGGAAGGCUUAAGGAGCAUCGCGUGACGAGACAAAACUGCAACAAUGCUCGAGCCUCGAAUGAAUUUAGUUUCAAAACGUGAAAAAAGAGUCUUGAGUUUGGGGAAACCAGCUUUUGUUAUAUUCGCCACUUGAAAGGAUUUCGAGAAACAAUUUAUUUCUCGAGAAACAUGACAAUGACCUCUCGCACGUACUGGGAAAGCACUGACCAACAGCACUUGCAUGUUCAGUUUUUAGGUGAUAAAAAAGGACAGACGAAAGGUUUUUAUCUGGAAGUUUGGAAAAUUAACUCAGUAUUUUUGUAUCAACUCUAUCUUUUGAACUGUUUAUGUAUUUGUGAAGGUUUGUAUUUAUGUACAUUGCACUCAACUAUGGAACUUAAUGAGAUUGAAACGUGAUCUUGAAUAGCCACUUUCAAAAACUAAAAUGUUUUUGCCAGUUUUCAAAAGUUACCACAAAAAGUACAGCAAAAGAAAGGGAGGUGUAGAUAACACUGAAUAAAAUAAGAGAAAAUGCUACAAACUUGCAAAAGUUAAUAGCAUACCGAAACCACCGAUGUCACUUGUAAUAUUUGUAACCAGCUUGCUUUUCCAUGGAUCGUGACUUUAUAUCAGUUUUUACUUCAUGCAGUAGUGACCCUUAAUGUUUCUAACGCUGAAGGAAAAGUCAUGAUUUUAUCAUCCAAGUUUUUUCUCGAAGACUAUUAAAUUCAUUCGAUGCCAUUUUCAGCCGAGAAACUUCAACUGCUCUGCAGUGGAAGUGACAGAAGCAAAUUUCAAGACAUAGUGCUGUGUGUUUACCUUUUAUCGGUGGAAAUAUGUUUUUGCCUAUGGCUGUCAAUCAAACGUUUUCCAUUGUCAUUAAAGUGCAGAAUGAGCAGGGAAUUUUGUUGUUUGUUCACUGGAAGUUAGCACGAGAAUCAUAAGUUUUAGGUGCCCCUUUGGUAUCCCUGUUUGAAAUUUUGGUCGCUCAAGGGUAAAUCAGACUGGUCAGACUGGGUGGCUUAAAUGCACACUACAGUCAAACCUGUAAUGGCUUACUGACUGCUUAAGACAGGUUGACUGUUAAACAAAGAUUGAUGCAUCUUGUCAAAGUAAUCAUUUCAUAGAGGUGAAAACGAUGAAAUAAGUCGUUGGGAUCUUGGAAAAGAUGACCUUGAUGGCUUAAUAGGGGUGACCGCUUAAUACAUGUCAGCUUUGCAGUACCGGUAAUAAUAUUAAGGAACAUGAUUUCUGGGAUUUGUUUAAUGGCUGCUUAAUAGAGGGUGACUGCAUAAUGUAGGUCUGCUUAAUAUAGCCUUGACAUGUGUUUUAUUUUGCUUGUUGAAAAACCUCGUUGACCUUCCCUUUGGAAAUGGCUACCAUUUUGAGAAUUUGGAAGCCAGGCAGAUCAUGGUAAAAGAGUUAGUUUAAAGCUGUGGACUGAUGAGUUUAUUGGCAAAAUAAUUAAAUCUCGCAGUUUAUAUUGUUUACUCACAGGUGUUGAAGUGCUAACAUAUUAUGUUUUGUUUGCAGAGGGGCUGGUCCAGGUUGUAACACUAGAGAAAUAUCUGACAAACUAGUGCUUUUAAAGGAUGAGCUAGAAAGACUAGAAGACCAAGAAAGACAAUUGGAUGAACAAAGAUUAUGGGUUCAACAAAGCCUCAAGAAUGUUUCUGAAGAUCCAGAAAAUGAACAGCUAGCCUAUGCUACUUAUGAAGAUGUUUGUCACAGUUUUAGAGGGGACACAUUGUUGGUUGUUCAAGCUCCGUCUGGAACACAACUCGAGGUCCCAAUUCCAGAGACAGUAAGUACCAGUACAUGUUUCUUGUUCAUUUUUUAAUUUAAGUAAUCUAGUCAAUUUGUGUUGAUGUUUUCAGCCAAAGAUAGGAAUUAGAGAGUUCAGCCCAUAUGACAUUUAAACCUCAGCUGAACUGUAUGGGUAAAAGAGGCUUUAUUCUAUUUCUGUGAUUGGAAUUCUGUGAGCAGCUUUUCAAUGUUUGGGAUUGAAAUACAGUGUUGCUAGUUUAGUUCACAGUACUAGGGAUUGAUGCCUAAAAUAAUCUUUGCCUUGCCCAACAUCACCCUAUCGCUGCAUUCCUCUUUUUAGAAUAUGAAGCAACCAAACAAGUACCAGAUUCAUUUGAAAAGUCAAAAUGGUCCAAUCCAUGUACUAUUGGUAAACAAGGAUGCUUCUGCAAACAGUCCAGUAGUGACGCCUGUACCUCCGCCGGCUAGUGAUGUUAAUUCAAAUAACCAUUCUGGAAUGAAAGGUGAAGAACCAAUGGAGACCGGCACUGAUGCUAAAUUUACAAAUGAUCUCAGCUCAAAAGGUGAAGCAGUCAAGACAGAAGUUCUAGAAUCCAGCAGAGGUAAUUUCAGUAACAAGACAGUAAAUGACCCAAGAAAUAUUUAGUAGUCUCUGAUUUUUAUUUCACAUUUUAAAGCUCUUGCUCUCCAGGAACUUUCUGGAGGCAUUCUGUCUGUUUCUUUAUGUCUUUUAAUUUUUCUUUUGUUUUUUAGCAAAUGAGCUUAAAGAGGUUGCUAAUGACAUUAUAUUUGGAAAUAGCCUCAAAGGUAACAACAGUAUUGUUGUAAAAUUCCAAUCCAUCAACCCCUUUCACUCCAAGUCUUAUGCCAAAUACUUUCAGUAAUAAAAUACAUUUGAACUUUUAUGUGUGCCCAGCCCUUAGAAGCAAUGCUCUUUUAUCCAAAAUACUUAAAUUGCUAUAGUGUUAACUGCUCGUAAGUAAUCUGCAAUGAGAAGAGAGAGAGAGAGAGAGAGACAAAAAAGAAACAUCUGAUACAUUACAUCUGGUCAACCUGUCAUAAUCAUAACUGAAACUGAAUUCCUUCAAGGCAUGAACAAUUUUUGUAUGAUGGGGAAAUCAAAACAACUGCCAUGUUCAAUUGUUUCUUUGAAAAACUGAGGCAAGCUUAUUUGUGUGAUGGAGUGAUAUCAACUGGAACUUGAUUUCAACAUAAUUACCAGCCACAAAAACAAAGCAAAAAAUAGUCCCCUGGGAGGAUUUUAGCUUACUGGCUAUGAAUAGUCUUUUCUCCAGUAACCAUAAAAAAGUGAAAAAAAAAAAUGGAGAAAAGAAUCUAUUAUAAUCGUCGGGUAUUGAACCAAGUACCUCUGCUCCCAAUGUUGCUCAUCCCACUGGACAAGGGUAAUGCGUACCCUAGGAAUGAGAUUGCUCUGCGCUGGAGGUUAAAGUGAAUGUUAAAGCUGUGUGCUAUGAGUUAAUUCAAUUCCAUCCAAAUUAUUUAAUACUUUGUUUCACUCUGUGUACCUUAAGUGAAAAAUAAAAAUCCUCAAGGUUGGCAAAGUCCUUGAAAAGAAAAGGAGCCAUCGAGUAUCGAUUGAUGGUGAAUCUCGAGUCAGAGUGUAACUUAGUAACUUCUUACAAAUUUAUUGCUUUUAAUCUAAUUAUCUUCGAAAUGAUUAGUGUUCUUUUAGUGAGCGUAAAAGAAGAAAAAAGAGAGAAUUUAUAAAAUUAAUUUGUUACUGAAAAAAAGAUGAUAGCGAGUAUCAAACACAGUACCUUCGGCUCCGAAGGUUAAGGGUCAAUGCCUUGCGCUAUGAGAACAAUAGAAAUGGACUUAUUGACUAACACAGAUGUUGACAUAUUGCUUUCUGGCUAUAAAGCCAGUAAGCACAAAAAUGUAAGCCAGGGAGAGUAUUUCAACCUUGGGAAUCAAUUGCAUUUCAUUCAAACACUAUCGCGAGGGACUUCAAACCUAAUCUUCAGCUUAUCAGAACAGAACUCUGUCAGACAUAUUGUCUCCGGACUAAUGAGAAAGAACUCCAGAUUGUGGAUUUUUUGCAUGUGAUCUGGUAAAUAAACCCAUCAUGCCCUCGUUCCCGCCAAACACAUAAAGAGACUACAGGGAGAGCAUGAUUGCACACUAUUCAUAAGCAAUCGGCAUUACUGGAUGUGUGACUUUGUGUGCUACUUUGUCUCCAUGACCACCUUGUUUAGUGGUGGGGGCAGUAGGACUACAGUACCCUAAGUUGCCUGGUGGAAGCUCAACCCAACCCUAUUACCUCACAGUCUUCUACAAUGCUCUUGAAGUUAUUUUUUUUUACUGAUCAUGAUUUAUGUCUCUGUUACAUGUCAAAAUUAAAUUUAGGUUAAGAUUUUUUAACCGAGGUUGAUUUUCAAUUUCUCCUAGCCCGGAUUCAUGAAUGAUUAGGGCUAGGAGACAAAGAAAAUUGAGAAUCAACCUAGGUUAAAAAAUUUUAACCUGAAUUUAACUUUGACAUGUAACAUCUACAAUCUACUACCUGAAACAGGUUCAUUUUAUCUUGUGUAAGAUUUGUGAACAACUUUCUUGUGUUAGGAUCUUCUGUUACGCUGACUAGAAAGUUAACUGUGGUUUAUUUAUUUUUAACUACCGCAGAAGGUAAUAUUGCAGAGGAAGUUAUGGAAGAGUUUAUGUCAGCAGAAGGUAAAGAUUUCAUGAAAUUAAAGGGGUAUUCAUGGCUGCCUCUAAAGGCCCUGGGGAUUGGGGAUUAUCUGGGCCUACUGUGAGCAUGACCCCAGGCCAUUUUAAGAGGAAACAAAUGAAACGUAGAACAUAAAAAAACUUUGUAGCUGUUCAAUUUUUCGUCUACUGACUGUUUAAACCUGACAACUUGACAUUUUAUUGACAUUGCUGGACAUUGUCUCCAGAUAUAACCAAACCCAAAGAUUUAUUUGCAACGAGAAAAACAUUGCUAAAAUGUUCCUGUUUUUAAAAUACUUUAUGAGUGCAAUGAACCUAUUUACACUUGUCUUCAUGCAAGAAUGAUUACACACUGUGUCUUAUUUACCUAUUUGAUUGUGCUCCUUUCCAGUAUCAUCUUAAGGAAGAUUUGCGGUGUUUUCAUAUUAUAAUUAUUACAAAUUCACUUUUUAAGGAAGAUCAAGUUGUCUCAUUGUUUAGCGCCUCUUGGAAGAAAUGAUUUCUGAGUUCUGUCCACGGGAGUUGAGCCUUCCAGUUCCUAACACUUUUUUGGAUGCGUUAGCCAAUCAGCUAUAGGAAACCUAGACUUUACAAACUAGCCUAGUACAGGAAAUUAUGACAAAUGUUGGAAAAAGUGAAGAACAGCUCCCCCAAAAAACUGUCGGCCGACCAACAGUUGGCCGACAGUUGGCCAACAGUCAGCCGACUGUUAACCAACAGUCGGCCACUAAAAUUUCAGGGUACCAGGUAUAUGCAAUAAAAUUUAUUAUCAUUCGAUGCAAAUUUUUCUCUCUUUUCAUUGGCUGAGAGCCCACAAUGUGACCUGCAAAUAACUGCCUACAAAUAAUGGUCUGUCAGUGCGCAAUAUCGUCCAACUGUGUUUGGUUGCAAAUAAUAUUCUGCUCAUGAGUAAAUGAAUGCAUGCUUUUCUCCUUCUUGCUAUCACUCUUGCGUGAAAAUGGCAGCUUCCCGAAGAAAUUUAUCAAAAAACAAACUCGGUGACUGAAUGAUAAAACAACAGCUUCUGCAAAUAAUUAAUCUGCUCGCCACUGACAAAUCACGAUAUUUUGCUCAACCUCGUCCAAUACUUGUUAAUUAUAACAUGAGUAAUUAAAAAGCUAGGACGUUCUUUUGGUUCUAUUUUCCAGUUGUUUUCUGUGACAGUAGGCAGGGGUCAUGCUUGUAGCAGCCACUCCUUGCCCAUAGCAACAGCCCUGAACAUAGCUUUUGAGCUAGUACUUAGAUAAAGCUGAAUCUAGUGACAUGGCUGGCUCCCUGGGGGAGGUACUUAAUGAAUGUUUGGGUGGGAAUGUGCUGCUGGGACCCCUGAACCCUUAGCCAAUACCAGACCUAGAGACUAUCCCUAUCCUAGAGUUGUUAUUUUCCAGAAAUUUCUGGGGUUGAUGCUUUCUUUGGUACUGACUUGCAGGUAAAUUUAGAUCGCCAAUUUUAUUUUUUGGAGUUUCAAUUACUGAGUUUCCCUCAACUUCAACCAAUUGAUCUGUGAAAAAGUAUGCCUCAUUCAGAAACUAUAAGGGGAAAAGGUACAAGGCUUUGGCGCAACAAUUUCUUGGAUAGUUCGGGUGGACAAGCAUUACUUCUAAUUCGUUGAUGGUUGCCUUGAAUACCAUCUACCAAUCAUAACUAACAGUUGUCCAGCCAAACGAUCCCAGAGAUCACUGCUCUCAGAGUUUGUACUGAUUUGUACUCGUUCUCUGUGGAGUUUCUGAAGUGGGGAACUGUACGUAUGUUUACUACUGUGCUGAAGACAACCUGUUGACUCUUUUAUUGCUCAUGUAUAGUGUAUGCGCCACUUCUGCGGUUAUCGCCACCGCCAGGUGAGCACGACUACUACUUCAACUUGGAUGACUCUGAAGGUGUCUGCGAUUUAUUUGACAUUCCAAACCUGGACAUUCCUUCUCCAUUGCCUGGAGCUAUGGCCUCUUCAUAACCAUCCUAUUUACCAGCCUUCUCUGCUUAUCAAACUUGUACACUACUUGACAGAUCUGCGUGUCAACUAUCAUAUUCAGCUAUGGCGUCUUGGAGUGUCUGGAUGCUUCUUGUUUUUUGCAUUAUUAACAGUUAAUAUAUGAUUUUGGCUGUUGGUUUUAAGCAGCUGUGGAAAGUAAUGGUAGCAUCGUUUCCAACAAAAUCAUCUUAAUGAGAUGAUAGGAUAAAUAAACAAAGAUGCGGAUGUUGAUGAACCUCUUGAGAAAGAUCAACUUUUGGAUAUUUGUGGAGGAUGAAUCUUCACAAGUGAUUGAGAAUUAGUGCAACAAGGGUUUUGAAUCUCGUAAUGCGCUGUAUGGAAAAAA